AUGGCUCAUCCCAGAAGACCCCGUAAAAAUCUUUACGAUGUUAUUUUUAGCGAUAAAAAAGAAGUCUCCGAUACUGAAAAUGGCUUAGGGCAAGUAAACUCGACUCACAGGAUGGCACAUCGUUUGCGUAUGGCAGUGUUUAAGGGUGCUUCAACGAAUCCAAAACGUAACUCAUUCCUGCAGAAAACUAUGGAACUUGCUUUGAGAAAGGGCAUGCGGUUGAGAGAAAUUUCAAAAAUAGUGGAAACCUUUAGCAACCCUUUAGAUCCGUCCCAUACAUACAUCUUGCAACUGAGACUUGAACAGAAAAUUUACGUUGUUAUUAUCGCAAACUGUGCUUCGUUACAUCAAAUCCGGUACAUACUGCUCCCUCUGCUGAAUCAAUAUAACGGAGACUUUGUUAAUGUACUGCCACUCUAUCAUUACAACAUCAACAUCGAGGCCAUCCUGUCCUAUGAGCUAAUAUCCGAUUUCAAAAACCUCGAGAGCAAAUUACUGCGCGAUAGUUUGGUUUGUAAAGCUAAAGCAGUUCAGGUGGUUGACCUCGACACAGGUGCUAUCAAUUUCAAAUGUGACCCAGACGAUGUAAGGGAUACUUGCCUGGCUCUGAAGGAUAAAGGCUACAACAUUUUGCAUUUGGAAUGCAAUUUUAAAGCAAAAGUACCAAUACGAUUGAGUAGCGAUGAUCAUAAGCGUUAUUUGAAGUUCUAUAACAGUUUGGCCAAGAUGCGGCACAUUAUUAAAAUAUUUGACAAUGUAGUAUCAAAGUAA